AUGGAACCUAGCCCCAGUCCCACCGCACCGGAACAACAUCAAACUCCGGCGGAGACAACAAGCAGAUACCUCGGCACAAAAACCAGCCCACCCGUCUACCGCCCGCUCAAACCCCGGCAGAAAGAGGUGGUCACCAAACAAAGGAAGACACUGACAAAAUGGGACGCCGAUGCUCGGGACUACGCGGCAUAUACCAGCACGUUCGUGGGUUAA